CUAAAAGCCAAGUACUUCCGAGAAGUAGAGAACAAGGAUGUUUUUUAAAGAAAGGUAGACGCAAAUAGCAUUGAUUCGAUCUAUUCGCAUUAAGGGAGAUCAUCUUGACCCGAUAGUCGUUUAUUAAUUGAAGCUAGUAUUGAAGUCAUGGAGAUGAAAUAACACCAUAUUCAAAUAAUAGUUAUUACAAAUGGUAUGGAUACUGGAUGAAUAUUACUCGUGUGUUUUGGUGUGAAUUAACAUGAUCUCAUUUAAGCGUAUUAAAUGCAGAAGACAAAUUCAACAUAUCACAAGACACAGACACUUUAUUACGAAUCCAUACGAUGAUCAUUAGACUACAGUGUACGUAUAUGAUGCUGGCAUGAUUAUAUACUCUAAUAUUAUCUAUAGUAUAAUUCCAGUUGUAUAUAAGUAUCGACUAUACAAUGAUAGUGCAGGAGAUAAACAAACAGAAAAUAUAGAUGUACAAAGACGACAAUUUUUUGUGAUGAAAACAACUACAUAAAAUAGCGGGAACGGAAAGUGGGCGAGUGAUGUACUACAAGGUUAUAUAAUGGUGUUUCAAUGAGCAUGGUGUGCAGAUAAUUACCUAUGCCCAAGAUAUGAAAUUUAUUUUCCGACCAUCAAAAAAAUGAGAAUAUGACUCGAUGGUAUUCUAACUUCCUCGCCAGAUUCUACUGGCUCGUGGUAAUCAUAAUCACGGUGUGUGUGGCCAUAUGCGCUUUCAUAGUAUUCUACCUACAUGGCACGCCCAGCUUCGAAGACCCUAUCAAGGGCUUUGAGGUAAGAGGAACCUCUCUUAGUAAACGGUUAAAUGCCAUGAGAGAGUUCCAGAAACAAGUGGGCCUAACUAAUGGUAACUAUACAUAUCAACCAAAGCAAGUUGGGAUUUCCAGGCGGAAAAAGAGAGAUAUCCAACAAGUACAGAACUUUUGUUACAGGAUAUCUCAAGAUGGAUCUGUCCAAUGCCCAACCGUUAUUUCCCUAGGGGCAACCAACGAUGGAGAUCUAUUUACCAAACACAGUCUACAAUCUGUCUGCAAGAUCCACCUGGCAUUAGCCAAACACCCUGCAUACAUCACAGAAUCCCAUCACUCCUUGCCACACUACAUGGAACAACUGUUUGACACAACAUGCGAUGACUUCACAGAUUCAAUGGUAGAACAAAUGAAGACGUUACUGACAAAAUGUGUUCCGUUUUACAAAGAUAAUCAACUUGAUGCUAAUUGCGAAAAUGGUCAGUGUAUCGCACCUGGGGAAUGUAACACAAACAAUACAAUCUAUCAAAUAUUUCAUUAUCUUGUGGACAGAAAUUUUCUGAGAGAAAAUGGAAAGGGUACCCUUAAAUAUACAAACCUGUUCACGCAUACAUGGUUAGCGAAAAACAUGGACUUUUACAGGGCAUAUUUUGAUGGACAAGACUUUGAGAUAGAUGGCGUUAUGGUCAUGGGUUUGUAUAUGGAAGGACUCAAAAAUGAUCUGUUUUCUGAAUAUCUUGUGAGUGAUAUAAUGCUGUUUGGAGUCGCUCUUGGGUUGAUUUUCAUUGUGAUGUUCCUGUAUUUGAAGUCUCUCUUGAUAAUGUUUGCGACUCUGCUCAAUGUUGCAUUCUCAUUUAUCAUAGCAUAUUUUCUUUACUUUGUCAUUUUUCGCUUCACAUUUUUCCCAUUUCUCAACAUAUUCGCAGGUCUGAUUCUGAUUGCGGUUGGUGCCGAUGAUGUCUUUGUGUAUUUUGACAUAUGGCACGAAAUGAAAAGGAAAAUGGAGGGUGGCAAGAAAAGGGAGAAUGAAAAGAAAGUGGGGAAUGACAAGAGAGAGGAGGAUGACAAGAUAAUGGAGAAUGGCGGAAUAAAGAAUAAAAAACAAAUGGAGAGUAAAAGUGAAUUGGCAGAUACAACAGAUUUAUAUGUAAAUAAAGGUAACCUUCAAGAGAACCCGAAUGCAAGUAUACCCAAUGAGACCAACGUACAAGAAAUUCCUGAUGUACAGAUCGAUGAUACUCAUUUGAGAUUGCUAAUCCACAACACGCUGAAACACGCUACUUUGUCUAUCUUUGUCACAAGUUUUACCACAGCAGCUGCAUUUUUUGCAAAUUUUUCAAGCAACAUUAUUGCAACUCGCUGUUUUGGAAUUUUUGCUGGAACUUGCAUUCUGGUGAAUUUCAUCUUUAUGGUAACAUGGAUGCCUGCAAUUUUCAUAAUUGUGGAAAAAAUCGACCAAAACUUGUUGUCCGGGGUAAAAUGUUGUGAAUGUUGGGACAGAUUUCUAAAUGGAGUGCAGACUCUUUCUAGGGUGGUUUUCACAAGGCUCAUUCCUACUCUGGUCAUUGAGGCCUGGUUUUUCUGGUGCAUUCUGUUAAGUGCCGUUGGCAUCGCUGGCAUCAUUUUGGUAUUCAUCAUCCCAAAACUAAACCUGCCCACUUCAAAAGAGUUUCAAAUUCUUCCAAGUUCAAACCCUCUUGAAAAAUAUACAAUAUUAAAGUUAAAUUUCGAUUUUGAGAAUACAGAACAAGGAGAGCGAGGGCAGUAUGUCUUUAUAUAUUGGGGUAUCUUGGCAACUGAUAAUGGAAACUGGUUGGACCCAGAUGACAAUGGGACAUUACAGUUAGACUCCACUUUCAAUCUUUACUCUCUUGAGUCUCGGGCGUGGAUGGUCAAGUUUUGUAAGAAGCUCCUACAGCAGGACUUCAUUGAGGAAUCAUUUGCAAACAGCACCAAAUGCAGCCUUGAGGUCAUUGAUGAAUACUUGUCUAUGAAUUGUUCUACGCAAGGUGCAGUUCAAAAUUGUUGUGGGAAAAGGCUCCCUGUGAAUUCAACGAUAUUUGAAUAUUGCUUUCCGAGACUCGCACUAUUUGGUUUUCAAUACGUUGGAAGUGGUUUGUUUGACAGCUCCAACAAUGUCCCUGUCUAUUUCAUGAUGGUUCAGACCAUUCAACCCUUUGUGCCUGCUUUUGCUGAAACAAAUAAUUUGUUCAAUAAAGUCAAUGGGUUCGUAGAGAAUGAAGUUAAAAGUGCCCCUAAAGGUUUGAAUGAAGGAUGGGUUGGUGGUUCUUUUGAUUUCUACAGUUUACAAAGAUCUAUCGCAUAUGGGACUUACACCACUAUGGGUAUAGCCAUUGCUGUUGCCUUUAUUGUAAUGCUUCUGACAUCCCUCAAUAUCUUUAUAACAGUUUACGCUAUUGUAACUAUCACCUUCGGUAUUGCUGCAACAGUUGGUGUUUUGGUUCUCCUUGGUUGGGAACUCAACAUUUUGGAAUCAGCUAUCAUAUCCCUAGCUGUUGGAUUUUCAAUUGACUUUACAAUACACUAUGGAGUGGCUUACCGGCUCUCACAUGAGGCGAAAAGAAUAUCAAAAGUAACCGAUUCCUUUCAUAUGAUCGGCUCAGCUGUUGCUAUGGCGGCUUUCACAACAUUUAUUGCCGGCGCAGCAAUAAUGCCAGCACGUAUUCUUGGCUACCAAAGACUGGGUGUAUUUCUGAUGUUAGUCAUGACAUUUAGUUGGAUAUAUGCUACGUUCUUCUUCCAGUCCUUGUGUAGGAUAAUUGGUCCUUUGGGUAACGUUGGAAGCCUAUUAGCAUGCUGUGUGAAGAUAAAAAUAGAUUGUGAAAAAGAGGAGGUUUCUACCCCGGUGAUUUCCAUUGGUUUUUCGCAGAACACCCAACCAUUACCAGGAGAAAACACAAGCAAACAUGAUGAAACAAAAAAUGAAACUACAGAUACAGAUAAGGAACUGGCAAAGAAAAGUACAAAUGAAACUGUAUCAAACAUAGACGUUUCGGUCGGUUCUUUGCCUUACAACCCCAGCAGCAAACAAGAGACAAGAAAUGAAACUUCGGAAGAUGCACCUCAACGAUGUUCACCAAAUGACAGAGGAAAAUAUCACAUAAGUGAGGAUAAAAAGCUGCAACGUUCAAAGGAACAUGUUUCAAUUGUACCUGUCCAGCAUUCUCAAGAAGAUACACUGGCAACUUCAGUGGAUUCCAAUGACUCAACGCAUAAAAGCCCAAACAAGCAUAAUGAGGCGAAAAAUGAAAUUCCAGAAAGUGUGUUUCGGAACAACUCAAUAACGGACAGCCCAAGUAGCCAAGAUGAGCGUAAAAAUGAAAUGUCAGAAAAACUUCAACGAGAUUCACCAUGGGAAAAACGCGAUGUUGGUGAUGAUAAGAAGUCGAGUUCAAAUAAAAACAUAUCCCAGAUAUCAGUAGGCUUUGAAGACAAUUCUAAAAAAGAAGCUUCGAAUGAUUCUUCGCAAAGCAGCAAAGAUGUUGUUAGUGAUCAUAGAAAUUCAGAGACAGUACAAAUAAAAACAAAUGAUUAUCCGCAAAGCAGCAAAGUUGAUGUCAGUGAUUAUGAAAGGUCAGGGACAAGUUCAAAUAAAAACAGUUCCCUGAUAGCAGUAGGUAAUGACAUUUCGAAAAAAGAAGGAACAAAUGAUUCUUCGCAAAGCAGCCCGAGUAAACGCAGCGAUGGUUCCUUAGUGAACAGCCCAAGCAAAAACGUAACUAAUAUUCUACUUAAAUAAAGUUUUAAACCAAGCAAGAGAAAAUGAUCUUAUAACUGUAAAUUGUGUUAUACUGUACAUGACGAUCCUUAUACAGGGUGACCGGAAAGAAGAAGACCAUUGAAGUAGACAUUUUCUCCUAAACAAGACAAGUGACAUCAAUGAACUUUUGCACACUAGUACAGUUCUCUGGAUAGUUGUCCCUGAAAGCUUCUAUACAAACAAUCAACUGGUCCACGAGCUGUUAUCAUUUUCAUUACAUGCUCCAAUUUGCCACAAUCGUAUUUGAGACCAAGUAGAGCUGAAUUCAUAUGGCAAAAUACCCUUACAUAUUCAGCCCUUGUUAUGGCAUUACAUUUAGGAGUGAUUGCCUUCUUUAAGUCAGCAAUUGUCUGGGUAUUGUUUUGCUACACGUUGUCUUUCAAAUAGCCCAACAAAAACAAAUCAGGUGGAUUCAAGUUUGGGGUGUAUGGAGAUUUAAUUGUGCUAUAUGGUGGUUUUAGCAAGAUGGCACCACUCCCUAUACCUCAAAUGACUCACUAGGUUGGCUAGAUCAACACUCUGGCAACAGGAUCAUAAACCAUUGAUCAGAUGAUCCUUCAUCUCCACACAGCCUAUACUUGAAUCCUACUGAUUUCUUUCUGUGGAGCUUUUUUUGAAGACAAUGUAUACCAACAUAAUUCUCAGACAAAUGCUGACCUAGAGAGGGCAAUCACUGCUAAAUGAAUGCCAUUAAAGGGCUGAAUAAGUAAGGGUACAUGUAUCUUACCAUGUGAAUCCAGUUCUGUCUUGGUCU